CAUCAGAAUCCCGAGCCUGAAUCCCGAGCCUAAAUCGCGAGCCUGAAUCGCUAUGGAACCGAUUCAACACCCAGAAUCGCACCCAGGGAGAAGCCCCAGUCCGUCCCCUUCGCCCCAGAAGUCGCUGAUACGUGACGAUCGGCAGGCCCCAAAGCAACCUCGAGGCGCCAACCGGUUCAACUGGUGGUCAUCAUGGUGGGAAGAAAUUGUCAUGUCUAUCUUGAGCAUCGCCUGUCUGAUCGCGUUGGGCGUGCUCCUCGGGCAGUUAGAUGGGAUGACCUACGCCGACUGGGCAUAUCGAGCCUCGCCCAACGCUGUGAUCGCCGUGGUAGCAACAGCGGACCGAGCUGCCUUGUUAUUCCCCGUCGGAGUGUGUCUCAGCCAAUUCAAAUGGAACCAAUAUAGUCAGCAGCAACGACUCUACCACCUGCAAGUAGUGGACCAAGCCAGUCGAGGGCUCUGGGGCUCUCUCCGAAUGAUCACCAGCACCCGACCCAGUCUGGCCACCCUGGGUGCUAUUAUCUUGAUCCUAUCGGCUGCCAUCGAUCCUCUGGCCCAGCAGAUUCUCGCCUUUCCAUCGCGCGUGGUGUCCGCUUCCAACGAGACUGCAACCGCCCAAACCGCACACAUUUACAUGCCCCUCGACCCCGAUUCCGACAACACCAUGAGUCUCACGGUGCUCAGCAGCGCCUAUGGAUCCAACAGCACCCAGGAACCCGUCUGCACCACCGGAUCGUGCCACUAUCCCGACUUCGUGGCCUUGGGGGCCUGUAGCCAAUGCGCGGAUGUCACCGCGCAAACCACGCAGACUUGCCGUGCGCUUUCCCCUGAGAACAGUACCAUUGGCAGAGCACUCAACGGGACCGCGUUUGAAAACGCCGACGUCAAUUGCACCUACACCACGCCCGGGGGCCUCGAGAUUACCCCCAGCGUUUAUGCGCUGUUAACCACCACCGUGAACUCCACCGACGCCGAGCAAUUCUCCAAGCACGAAUGGACCUUCGCCACCACCGACGUCGGAGAUCUCAAUCUCAGCGAUUCUCAAGGGGCCCGGGUGGCAGGGAUCCUGAACCCGAUCGUGGGCCUGGGGGUCGCGGAAUACAGUUACCCCUACAUAUUAUACACGACGGAGAACCUCACCGCAUCGGAAACGAAGCCCCAGAUCACCGAAUGCGCGCUCUACCUCUGUGCCCAGAAGUACGAGAACAAUAGCUAUACCUCGAACCAUCGAUCACUGGCACCCUCCCAGACCGAGCAGUUGUAUGUGAACGGCACGUUCCAGCUAUUCUUCUCCAAUAACCUGUCCACCGGAAGCAACGUGACGAGUUUCGCCAGCAAUACCUCCUUCCGAAUCCAAGGAACUACCCUCCUCCAAAUCCUCAACUCUUUCCGCUCCACCAUCACUCUCUCCGAUGAGAUCGAAGCCGGGUGGUCGAUAUCCAUGGAUGACGGCGACGGUCCGAGCCCCGUCAUGGCGAAGAUCGCCACCGGUAUCACGGACGCUAUUCGCACCGGGGCGAACACCACCACCGUGACGGGGGAGGCGUUCACCACGCAGACGUAUAUCUCGGUGCGGUGGUACUGGGCGGUGGCGCCGAUUGUGAUCACGGUGUUGUCGAUUAUGUUUUUGAUCGCGGUGAUUAUUCAUACGGCGAGGGCGAAGGGAGCGGGCGUGUGGAAGUCGUCGGCGCUGGCGUUGUUGGCUUGUCGGGUGGAACGGGGGAGUGAGGAUCCGGAUUUGCAGAGUCUGGGGGCGAGUGAGAUGGAGAGGGUGGCCAAGGGGAUGCGGGUUUCGUGGGAGGAUGGGGAGCAGUUGACUUUGGUGGUUGAGGCUGCGAGGGAGGUGCGGUGAUAUACGGGGAGGAUAUUCUACAUUCGACUGGUCGAUGCCUAGCCUGUGAUGAUUGAACGUUG